UAAAACUAGAGCCUUGUAUAUCAAUGCCUCCGACACCUUGCGAAAGUCCAGUUGAUUCUGAGAAACUCAGCUCCGAUUGAUGUAAUACUUCAGGUUGCUGUGAUAUCUGUACGCCUGCAUCACCUCAAAAUUUACCUGUGGCAGUUCAAUCAAUAGCGGAGCAUAUUUUUCUUAAACUGGGAAGGUACCCCGUCAUUGUACACACUCAUAAAGAAUUUGUACGGAAAAAUGGUCUCAGCUACAGCUUGGCAGUUAGCGGAGAGGUUGGAGGAAAAGUCGCAGAUUCCCCCAGAAACUGAGACUGUGCAUAGGCUUGAAAAUCCGUGAUUGAUGGAACGUUCUCCGGAUAAUAGCAUUUCUAAAUUCUGGAAAUUAUUUUGGUAAAAGGGCUUAUAUGAAUUUUUAGUUGCAUGUGCGACUUCGGCUCAUUAAACAUGCUACUAUUCCUGAUCACCAGGCAAGAUCAUAUGACGCUGGCUCUUCCAAUAUGAGAUGUCCCGUUUCUAGGAUUACCUGCAUGUAUGCCUGACAGAGUAAACGUUGGAUAUCGGACAUGAAUCGCCUUGCUUCUUUUUUGAAAAAUAAUCAUCUUCUGGAUCUGGUCGAGCUAAUAUCCAGGCCCCAUCAAAAUGCCAACCCACUUAAGUCCUAGAGGAGCGACCUCUUCACGAUUCUUCAUGAUUCUCUUUGUACGUAAUAACAUCGAACACUAUCAAAAUAUUAUCCAUCUUACUCUGUUUCGAUCCCACGCUGUCGUUGUUUCGCACUGUUGACAAGUGCAGAAAGCCAUUCUGAGGCUUGUUGAUUGUGUCUGGUUUCAUCCAGUUUCAUCCGCGCCUCUCUGAAUUUAAGCCCUGGCCUUUAACAGUUGGUAUAGAGAAACCAGGUGCAUCUAGAGUAUCUUCGCUAUGGCGAUAGGUGACGAGGCUCUAUUAGUCAGGAAGGUGGCGCCUUUUAUGCUUAUGACAACCUCAACACAGGCGAAUGAGAGAAAUCCUGCUGGUGCCAUUCUACCUGCUCGCUUCCAUCACCUUUUCCCCGCAGGAAGAAUCACCAUGGUGCCGCAGAAAUGUGGUGCCAUGGAGAGGAGGCCGGCCAAAUCCUGGUAAAACAAGGCAGGAAAUGAGUGUCACCUAC